AUGACGUUCUCCCAAAAGAUCGACUUCGAACUCAUUGCCGACCUGAUAAACGGUAAAUUGGAUGUUGCCUGGGUGGGCGCAGCAAUAGCUGUGCAGCCCUGGGCCAAACCAGCCGAAAUUCAUCUGGUCCAGUUGCUGCCACCAGCCAUGCCUGCCCUUAGCGGAACGGACAGGGCGACACUCUCAUACUACCUGGGACUCCCUCAGCCCAAGGACCGUAUCCAGUGCACCUACGUCUGGAUCGACGGAAGCGGAGAGGCCCUACGCUGCAAGACGCGCACACUGGACUCUGAACCGACCAACCCUAAGGAGCUUCCGAUUUGGAAUUUCGACGGUUCGAGCACGGGCCAGGCGGACGGCUCCAACUCCGACGUCCACCUGUACCCUGUAGCGCUGUUCCGGGAUCCUUUCCUCGGAGACCCCAACAAGCUGGUCCUCUGCGAGACGUACAAGCACGACCACACCCCGCACGAGUCCAACAAGCGGCAUGCCUGCAAGGAAGCCAUGGACCGGGUGAGGGAGCUCAAGCCCUGGUUCGGUAUCGAGCAGGAGUACACGCUGCUGGACAUAGACGGGCGUCCGUACCGGUGGCCCAAGCAGGGCUUCCCGGGACCCCAGGGUCCCUACUACUGCGGCGUGGGGCCGGACCGCGCCUUUGGCCGAGAGGUAGUCGAGGCCCACUACAGGGCCUGCCUCUUCGCCGGCGUGCGAGUUGCCGGGACCAACGCCGAAGUCAUGCCUGCGCAAUGGGAGUUUCAGGUGGGCCCCUGCGAAGGCAUCUCGGCCGGCGACCAGCUGUGGAUGGCCCGUUUCAUCCUGCAGCGGGUGGCCGAGGACUUCGGCCUCCUGGUCACCCUGGACCCCAAGCCGGUGUCCGGAGACUGGAACGGCGCCGGGGCCCACACCAACUUCAGCACCCUGCCCAUGCGCCAGCCGGGCGCCGGCAUCGCGCACAUCGAGCGCGCCAUCGAGAAGCUGGCCCUGAAGCACCGCGAGCACAUACGUGCCUACGACCCCCGCGGAGGCCGCGACAACCAGCGCCGGCUCACCGGUCAGCACGAGACGUCGAGCAUCGACGACUUCUCGGCCGGCGUGGCCGACCGCGGGGCCAGCGUCCGCAUCCCGAGGCAGGUGCACCAGGACAGGUCCGGCUACCUCGAGGACCGCCGCCCGGCUUCCAACUGCGACCCGUACUCCGUGACCAAGGCAAUCGUGUGCACGGUCUGCCUUCCGGAAUGA